CCCCCGCACCCUGGCCCCCUCUGCCUCUGACCGGGCUGGGCUGCCGGGGGAGCGAGACCUGUGCUGGGACGGGCUGAGCCCACCGUGCUGUUUGGUGCCACCCUGGAGGGGGCUGCAUCGGCACGGGCGCGCGCUCUCUCCGGCCGGCCCGGGGCUCUGAGCCAAGAGGGGGACCGGGGCUCAGCCUCUCCGGCCAGCCCCGCACCACGCCGGCUGCUAUGAAGCCUAGGAACACGGUGGAGAUGCUGCUGAGGGCGCUAGGAAGGCAAGAAAGCACCCGGGUGCCAGGCUCCAGCAGGCCAGAAAAGGUGCCCGAGCCCCACAGCUUCAAGGAGAAGGCCUUUAAGAAGAAGAAGAGAGCGUGUGUGGUGUGUAAGGAAUCCAUCGAGGCGCUGGGCCUCGUCUGCCAAGCCUGCAAGAUCGCCAGCCACAAGAAAUGCGAAGCGAAGGUGGCGUCAUCCUGCCAUCCCCUUCCCCCGCCUGAAUUGAGGAGAAACACUGCUCCGGCCCGGCGCAUCGAGCACUUGGGCUCCACCAAAUCCCUCCACACCUCGAAGCAACGGAGUACGCUGCCCAGGAGCUUCAGCCUGGACCACGUGAUGGAGCGCAAGUACGACUUCGACCUGACCUACAUCACCGAGCGCAUCAUCUCCGUCUUCUUCCCCCCUGCCCUGGAGGAGCAGCGCUACCGCGGCAACCUGCGCGAGGUGGCGCAGAUGCUCAAGUCCAAGCACGAGGAUAAGUACACGCUUUUCAACCUGUCCGAGAAGCGCCAUGAUAUCAGCAGGCUGAACCCCAAGGUUCAGGAUUUCGGCUGGCCGGACAUGCACGCGCCCCCCCUGGACAAGAUCUGCUCCAUCUGCAAAGCCAUGGAGACCUGGCUGAACUCGGACCCGCAGCACGUCGUGGUGCUGCAUUGCAAGGGGAACAAGGGCAAGACGGGCGUCAUCGUGGCCGCCUAUAUGCACUAUAGCAAGAUCUCUGCCAGCGCGGACCAGGCCCUCGGCACCCUGACCAUGCGGAAGUUCUGCGAGGACAAAGUGGCCGCGUCCCUGCAGCCAUCCCAGAAAAGGUACAUCAAGUACUUCAGCGGGCUGCUGUCAGGCACCAUCAAGAUGAAUAGCAACACCCUGUUCCUGCACCACGUCCUCAUUCCCGCCAUCCCCAGCUUCGAGGCCAGCGGAGGUGAGUGCCACGGGGCACACGCAGACUCCGGCCCCGGGUGUGUGCCGACGCUCCCACGUGCAACAGGCUACCAGCCUUUCCUGAAGAUCUACCAGUCCAUGCAGCUCGUCUACACCUCGGGGAUCUACAGCGUCCCGGGCCCCGGCCCCCAGAAGCUGUGUGUCACCCUGGAGCCAGCCCUGCUGCUGAAAGGGGACGUGAUGGUGAAGUGCUACCACAAGCAGACCUGCAGCUCUGACCGGGACGUGGUUUUCCGCAUCCAAUUCCACACGUGCACCAUCCACGGCACCCAGCUCUGGUUCGGGAAGGAUGAGCUGGACGAGGCCUGGCAAGACGAGCGCUUCCCCUUCGAAGCCAGCGUGGAGUUCGUCUUCUCUUCCAGCCCUGAGAAGAUGAAAGGCCUGGAGACCUUACGGAACAGCCCAUCCAUCACAGUGGAUUAUAACAUCUCCGAUCCCAUGGUGCGCUGGGACUCCUACGAGAACUUCAACCUGCACCACGAGGACAGCCUGGAAGACAUGUCCCACACCCGCGGCCCCAUCGACGGCAGCCUCUACGCCAAGAUCAAGAAGAAGCGGAACCUGAGCGGCUUCUCCGGCGGCGGCGGCGGUGGGAGCCCGGCCAGCGCCGACUCCACCCAGCAGGGCAGCCGCUUCCUCUCCGUCAGCAGCGACUCGGGCCACUCCUCCAUGCUGGCCGAACCCUCCCCUCCCGCCAAGCCGCUGCCCACGCCGGCCGAGAGGGAGGAGCUGGACAGGCUGCUCGGGGGCUUCGGGGUCAAGGCCAGGCCGGAGACCCCCAAGCAGCAGAGCGGGGCAUCCCCGCACCGGGAGCUGGGGGGAUGCCCGCCCAGCAACGGGGCCAGGGACAGGGAGACGGCCAUCUUGGAAGACGAGCUGGUGGAAAUGAGCCCCUUCGGGCCUCUGGCGUACCCCAGCCGGCGCCCCGGCCUGGCCCGCCACUGCUCCUGCCGCCUGGGCUACCGCUCGCAGAGCUGCCCGGGCGCCCACAGCCCCGAGAGGCUGCCCAAUGGCGCCUACUACAGGCCAGAGGGCACCUUGGAGCGCCGGCGCCUGGUCUACAGCACCAACGGGGUCCACUUGCACCCCGCCGAGGGCUACCCCUGCCUGCCGCAGGAGGCCGGGCCGGGGGAGAAACGGCGGGUGUAUCGCUCCCUCUCCGAGGGCCUGCAGCCCCUCGCCCACCCCUACGCCUACGAGCUGCCCCACAGCCCCGGUAAGCGGGAGGACCUGGCCUACAAGCCGCCCAGCUACCGGGAGGUGCUGAUCCUGGAGGAGGAGCCCGCGUGCGGCUUGGAGCUGUGCCCGUGCCAGGACUGCCAGGAGAAGGUUCACGAGGAAGCCGGCCUGCCCCCCACCACCGCCUUCUACGGCCUGCACCUGGGCAGCCGCGAGCCCGAGGAGUGGGCCCACGAGCGUGCCAAGUCCCCCCUGUCCCGGCCAGGGCACCCCGGCCAGUCCCUGCCCCUGCUGAUGCCGGCCGCCUACAGCCAGCGCACCCGGGGGCAUCACGAGGUCUUUGAGUUCGAGCCCGCCCAUGCCAAGAUGCCGGCGCACUUUGGCCACAGCUACCCGGCACAGCCCAUGCCCGGCGCCCAUCAGAAGGGCCACAAGGGCAUGGAGCAGAGCCUGGAGCCCUUCCACUACCGCUAUGGCCCACCCUACCCCGCCCUGCUGCCCCACGGCGCCUACGCCUGUGGCCCCCCCACCCAUUGCCCCCAGCCACCCUUCUACGGCCGGUCCCCAGCCAGGCCCUGCGCCUCCCCCCCGGACACGCCGGGCUACCACUCGCCCCCAUCCAGCUCGGCGUCCCCCGUCAGCUCAGCCUACCCGGCCUCCAGGAAGCAAAGCUACGAGCCCCAGUCCCCGGAGACGGGCCAGGGGUAUCCACGCCCGGGGCACCAGGACCGGAUGCCCACCGAGAUGCAGGGCCCUGGGGACGAGGCGCCCUGGCGAGACACCCCUGGUUCCCUGCGCCAGCCCUCCUGGGAGGCUCACGCCGCCUGCCCCGCACCCCCCGAGCUGUCAGGCCCGCCAACUCCUCUGCACACCAGCAGCCCGGUGCAGAGCAAAGACAGCCCGGCGAUGCCCAAAGGCAGCACCCCGGCUGCCAGCCUGCAGGAGAGCUCGGCAUGCUCCAGCCCCGAGGACACAGCCCCACCCAGCGACAAGAGAACCCCAGAGAUGAGCUUAAUCCUGCCAGGGGCCACGCCCAGCCCCACACAGCUCCCUUCUCCAACACAGGCCUGUGCCCACGGAGCCACCUCCAGGGCCCAGUCCAAUGGGCCGGCCCCAAGGCAGCCCUGUCUCCGAGCCCACAGCCCCGCCAGCCCGCCCCAGGGCACCGGCCUAUCCAGGGUGAACCCGGGAGACAGCCCGCGUCACCUGAAUGGCCCCAGCUACCCAGCUGUCUCCCCUGAUUCAUCCCCCAGCAAUGGGACCCCAGCGCACCCGCUGCCCCCUGGCAUGGACGGGCUGGACCAACGCAGCCCCCCGACCGCGCCCAUCCACAGCCCGGCCUGUGCCAGCUGCAGAGCGACAGCCACGCUCAGGAACCCAGCCCCCUACAACGGGCACCUGCAGAGUGACAGAGCCGAGCUGGCCCCGGGCACCCUGGCCCGCUGCCCCAACGGCAGCCCCCUCCCGAGCCCCAUCAGCGUGCAGGUCCCAGCCCCCUACUGCCCCUCCGACCUGCAAUGCUCCCCGACCCCUGCCUUCCCCAUCACCACAGCCUACUACUCGGGCGGGGAGAGGAGCCCGCUGCCCCCGGGCUCCCCCAGCCAGGGCCACGCCUGCGAUUCACUGCAGCAGCCGCCGUUGCCCGAGAAGCGCCACACGCCAGCGGCUGGCAGCUGGGAGAGGAGCUCGCCCCCAGGACGGGGCACCGGGACGGGCCACCACGUCACCUUCGCGCCCGACACCGCCAGGCCAGACCCAGACACACAGCCGGAGAGCCACAGCAACGUCAAAUUUGUCCAGGAUACGUCCAAGUUUUGGUAUAAACCCAACCUGUCCCGGGACCAAGCCAUCGCCCUGCUGAAGGACAAGGAGCCCGGCUGCUUCCUCAUCCGCGACAGCAACUCCUUCCAAGGUGCCUACGGGCUGGCUCUGAAAGUGGCGACACCCCCGGCCAACUGCCUCACCCUCCCUUCCAAAGGUGACCCCAUGGAGCAGCUGGUGCGUCACUUCCUGGUUGAGACAGGCCCCAAGGGGGUGAAGAUCAAGGGCUGCCAGAAUGAACCCUAUUUCGGAAGCCUGCCCGCCCUGGUCUCGCAGCACUCCAUCACCCCCAUCUCUCUGCCCUGCAAGCUCCGGAUCCCCAGCAGAGAUCCCAUGGAGGAGACCCCGGACGUGGCCAUUCCCACCAACGUGAGCACGGCGGCUGAUUUGUUGAAGCAGGGAGCGGCCUGCAGCGUGCUCUACCUCAGCUCGGUGGAGACGGAGUCGCUGACGGGCCCCCAGGCCGUGGCCAAGGCGGCCGCCAGCACCCUGGGUUGCAGCCCCCGCCCGCCCGCCUGCCUCGUGCACUUCAAGGUCUCGGCCCAGGGCAUCACCCUGACGGACAAUCAGAGGAAGCUGUUUUUCCGGCGCCAUUACCCUGUGACCAGCAUCACCUUCUGCAGCACGGACCCACAGGACAGGAGGUGGACGAAUCCGGACGGCACCACCUCCAAGCUCUUCGGCUUUGUGGCUAAGAAGCAGGGCAGCCCCUGCGAGAACGUCUGCCACCUCUUCGCCGAGCUCGACCCCGAGCAGCCGGCCUUGGCCAUCGUCAACUUCAUCACCAAGGUCAUGCUGGGGACGCACCGGAAAUGAGCGAGGCCGGGGGGGAGAGACGUGGGCGCUGGCCUUCGCCCACGGCCCGCAGAGAGACGCCAGCCCUGCCCCUUCCCCCCCCCCCGGCCAGCGCCCAGCCACGCAGGGGGGGGGCAGCGGCUCCCAGCGGGGGCAGGGGCUGGCCUGCGGGUGCGGCCCACCCAUCUGCUGACCCUCACACAGGCCUGAUCCCUCUCUCCCGUCAGUCGGGAUGGGGAGGGGGGGGUUUCUCAUCUAGCCCUUCCCCCCCCCCAGCUCGAAACUUUAACCCUCUCAGAGCCACCAAAAACCAAAGGCACCUUCCUAACCGGGGGGGCCCGGUUCGGUCUCACACCCUGUGGUGGCACAGCAGGGGUUAAUGCUCAGGGCUUGGAAGGGGGUGGCCUUGGGGCUGGUGAUCUCGGGGGGUGCAGGGUCACUGGAGACAGUGGGGGGCAUGGAAGAGGUGGGCAGCCAGGGGCUGGGCCGUUGCCAAGGGGACGAGGGAUCCUGGAGGGGGAAGUGUCUGAGAAGCUGUAAGUGCUGAAGGAGCAGGGGGCAGGAGCGUGCGGCGUUUAGCAAGGCCAGGGCCCACCCCAGGGUGCCCGGCCCUGCCUGGGGUUGCCGGGCGCCGAGGGAGUGGGAGGGACAAGUUCAUGCUCCUGGCCUGAUCGGUGCGGGCACUUGGCUUUCACAGGAUUCAAGAGCAGAGCCAGUGUGGUCUAGGGGGUUAAAGGAGGGGUGGGGCUGGCGCUCAGGACUCCUGGGUUCUAGUCCCUGCUCAUGGCCAGGUGUGGGAUCUAGCAUGCUAGAGCAGAGGGGGCUGGGUGCUAGGACUCCUGGGUUCUAUUCCCAGCUCAUGGAGGGGCGUGGGAUCUAGAGCGGGGGUGGGGCUGGGUGCUAGGACUCCUGGGUUCUAUCCCCAGCUCUCCCGCUGCUGGGCGGGGUCCUUAGCAAGUGCAACGUCAGCCCCAAUGCGAGGGGGCGGUUGUUUCGCGGCGGGCCAGCUGCCUACGGGGGCGGGCUGCUCCCACAGCCGAGACCCUGCCCGCGCAGGCAGGGCCAACUCCGGUCCUGCUGCCCGAGAGCGCCAGCGCCUUGGGGGGCCCAGCCAACGCCCCACAGCCACUGCUUCGCCAUCUGCCUCCAGUGCGGAGGAAGGGCUGCAGCCGGCCGCUGCCGAAGGCCUCGCUCCGUGGGGGCGGGAUUUAAUUAAGAGAAGAGAUCUAUUUUUGUCUAAUAAAGAAUUUAUAUGACCUCCA